AUGUUCAUUCANCAAACCAACAUUGGAGAGAAGCAGAAAGAAAUUAUUACAAGAUGCAUUGAAAGGUAUAAGAAAUAGAUUCAUUUUUGUUAUAGAUAAAUAUAGAUAUGCAAUGACAUGGGAAGAAUUGUUUUAUGAGGAUCCAAGACCAGUUGAAGAAAUUCUUGAAGAAGAAAACUCUUGGGAAGAAUACGAGAUAUGA